AUGCAGCGCGGGGACCCGCUGGUGGUGGGGCGCAUCAUCGGCGACGUGGUGGACCCCUUCGUGCGCCGGGUGCCGCUCCGCGUCGCCUACGCCGCGCGCGACAUCUCCAACGGCUGCGAGCUCAGACCCUCCGCCACCGCCGACCAGCCGCGCGUCGGGGUCGGCGGACCCGACAUGCGCACCUUCUACACCCUCGUGAUGGUGGAUCCUGAUGCGCCAAGCCCCAGCGAUCCCAACCUCAGGGAGUACCUGCACUGGCUGGUCACUGACAUUCCGGCGACGACUGGAGUUUCUUUUGGGACGGAGGUUGUGUGUUACGAGAGCCCACGGCCGGUGCUGGGAAUCCACAGGAUGGUGUUUCUGCUCUUCCAACAGCUCGGCCGGCAGACGGUCUACGCCCCAGGGUGGCGGCAGAACUUCAGCACCCGCGACUUCGCCGAGCUCUACAACCUCGGCUUGCCGGUCGCCGCUGUCUACUUCAACUGCCAAAGGGAGUCCGGAACUGGUGGGAGAAGAAUGUGA